AUUAUUGUGAAAUAGAUUUUCCUAAUUUAUUUCACGUGGGAGCCCUCGUAGUUAAUUCUUUAAAACACCCUAAUUAAGUAAACUUAGAUACACAUCAUGGCUGAUAACGACGAUCUUCUGGACUACGAAGACGAAGAGCAGGCAGAUCAACAAACCGCCGACGGAGCGGCAGAUGCGGCGCCAAAAAAAGAGGUUAAAGGAUCAUAUGUAUCAAUUCAUAGCUCCGGUUUCAGGGAUUUCUUGCUGAAACCAGAGAUUUUAAGAGCCAUCGUUGAUUGUGGUUUCGAGCAUCCAUCUGAAGUUCAGCAUGAAUGCAUUCCGCAGGCAGUUUUGGGAAUGGAUAUUCUCUGUCAAGCCAAGUCCGGUAUGGGUAAAACCGCCGUAUUUGUUUUGGCAACAUUGCAACAAUUAGAACCAUCUGAAAACCAUGUUUACGUGUUAGUAAUGUGCCAUACGAGAGAAUUAGCCUUCCAGAUUAGCAAGGAAUAUGAAAGAUUCUCUAAAUACAUGGCCGGUGUCAGAGUAUCUGUAUUCUUUGGCGGAAUGCCUAUUCAAAAAGAUGAAGAAGUAUUGAAAACGGCUUGUCCACACAUCGUUGUUGGUACUCCUGGAAGAAUUUUAGCUUUAGUGAAUAGUAAAAAGCUGAAUUUGAAGCAUCUGAAGCACUUUAUUCUGGACGAAUGUGAUAAAAUGCUCGAAUCUCUAGACAUGAGACGUGACGUACAAGAGAUCUUUAGAAAUACUCCCCACGGUAAACAAGUGAUGAUGUUCUCUGCUACAUUGAGUAAAGAGAUCAGACCAGUGUGUAAAAAAUUUAUGCAAGAUCCUAUGGAAGUGUAUGUUGAUGACGAAGCUAAGCUAACUUUGCAUGGCUUACAGCAACACUAUGUGAAACUGAAGGAAAAUGAGAAAAACAAAAAGCUAUUUGAGCUUUUGGAUGUACUGGAGUUUAACCAAGUUGUUAUAUUUGUGAAAUCUGUACAGCGUUGUAUAGCUCUUGCUCAACUACUGACUGACCAGAACUUCCCUGCUAUUGGUAUACAUAGAAACAUGACACAAGAUGAGCGCCUUUCACGCUAUCAGCAAUUCAAGGACUUCCAGAAGAGGAUUCUUGUUGCAACUAACCUAUUUGGCCGUGGUAUGGAUAUUGAGAGGGUCAACAUUGUAUUCAAUUAUGAUAUGCCUGAGGAUUCUGAUACUUAUUUGCACCGUGUAGCCCGAGCAGGAAGAUUCGGUACUAAAGGGCUGGCUAUUACUAUGGUGUCAGAUGAAAAUGAUGCCAAGAUCUUAAAUGAAGUCCAGGAUCGUUUUGAUGUCAACAUUACAGAACUUCCUGAGGAGAUAGAGCUGUCAACCUAUAUAGAAGGACGAUAAAUUUUAUAAUAAGUUUUCAUUCCCUUUUUGCAACAAUUACUAAGAUAAUUAAGUAGGUAACAAUGUUUUUUGUUACACAUUUCUUAUACUAAGUUUGUUUACAUAAAAUAAGAUUUGACAUGUGAUCAAUUUUUAUAAGUUAGGGAUGUGUGCCAGCAGAUCCCACUUUGUCCAAAUACUAAAAUUUGUAGGUUUAAUGAGUAAAGUGAAAUUGAUAUUGU